AUGAUGAGUGAGGAAGCUAAGAUGGACCAAAAGAAGAAGGAAGGAGAUGGUCUGAAGAAGACUGUAGCCUUCAUGGCAGGUCUGUCUCUCUAUCAGCUGCCCUAUCUGGCCAUGGCUGCCGCCAAGUACAGCCUGGCAAGGUUCCAAAUACCCAUGAGUUUGCUGAGCCUAUACAUCAGCCGGAUGAUUGUUCUCUUUAGGGUCCUCUCGCUGAUUGGAAUUGCCCUUUUGACUCUCUACUCCCAGUGCAAGGGACCCUAUCAGAGGCAGAUGACUGCAGGAUUCUUUAUAGCCUUUAGCUUGUGCUUUGUCUUCUUGUUCCUCAUCUACUGUACUGGCGGAGAACAGGGUCAUCUUACUCUCUACUACUGGGGGCUUGGUGCGGCAUCAUUCCUACUGGGCGCCGCUUUUACCACGAUCGUAGACAUCGUGACGGAGAACGUGGUCUUUCUUCUACUUUCUCUGCCACUCACUGGAGUGUUUGUCUCCAUCUUUCACCUCACAUUCAUCUUCUUCUGGGAAUUAUUUGGACUCUCCAACAUCAACUACUGGCUCGUUGUAUGCCAGUUAAUCAUCGCCAUAUGCAUUACUAGCAUUCAUGCGUUACUUUAUACCAUUACAUAUUGGAGUGAAGAUGCUCAAGGUGAAGGAUCAGGCACUGGUAGUAGUAGUAGUAGUAGUAGCAGCAAUACUACUGGAGCUCAGGGUCAAGAUGGUGCUACUCAGGAAGAUGGUUUCAUGACAGCCUUGGGGAAAGCCUGGUCACCCAUUCUAUUGAUCUCUCUGGGUUACGGUAUUCACAAUGCCUUUUAUCCGGGUAUAGCGCCUUAUAAGCUGACUGAUGUAAAGACUGCAUACAACAUUGACCUGGUGGUUCUCUUUACGAGCGCCCUGGCUCCACUUUCCAUUUUGAUUCUCAAGGACAAGAAAAUGGGACCAGAUGUGCAGUGGAUAAAGGGUAAUUCCAUAUGGCAUGCCUCAUGGAUAUUCUUUUUAAUAGAAAUGACAUGUGCAACCAUUUUCAUCUGUGGUCUUCAUUCCCCAGGAGCGGCGAUAUCACGAGCUGUAAAGAGCAGUCCUGCUAUUUUGGGGUUGAUGACUGUGACGUACGAUCUCUGUGCACAGCUUACGAGAAGUAUUGGUACCAACGGAGCUGACAUGCAAAGUUACGAAAAGCGUAGUAACAGUGCGAUGAAUACAUUGAACUCGUUUUCAUACGGCUUCACACAAGUUAUUUUUGCAUCAAUGGGUGAUGGUUAUCUAAAGACUUAUUCCAAGUAUGAGCAUGAUAGAAGUAAAUGGCCUACUCAGCACUUUGGGAUUCUGAGGUCAUUCUGGUUCUGGUAUUGGACAGCCACAAAAGUGUCUUUUAAAGCCAUCGGUGGUUCCUUUUGUCUUGAUGUUAGAGGUGCUAUUCAGACAAAGAAGGAGGUUCUCUUUAUUGUGUAUUCUGAUGAAGUGGAUAAUAGUAACAAGCCUCCCAAGGCUGAAAAUCCUACAGUAAUGAAGAUAGUUUACGACAUAUAA